AUAUCUUUGGUGUGCAGUGUCAGUUUGUUGUGGUGGGAGGUUUUCCUGGAAGCGGCGUGUCAGAGGGGGGAAGAGUAGAAUUGUGGUUACGUUUGAAAUAUUUCAAGUGGACGUAAUUGUUACUGAAAGUGAAGUUUUUAAGAGGAAUAUGAGUUUUUCUUCGUUGUUCGCUCUUUUUGUAGCCUGCAUUGUGUUUAAUGUGCAAGUUAUUGACGGUUUUCCAGAACAAGGAAAAUGGGUUUUGAACUUGUAUGAUAUGACUGAAGAGUAUCAUGAGUCUAUUCCCAAGAGUUUGUUCAAUGGAUCAGUGGCAACUGUAAGAGUCGAUUGCUCUUCUGACUCAUCAGAAACUGAUUUGGUGCUAAAAGCGACCAUGUAUGAACUGCAUUGCUGGAGUGAGAUUUUUCAGCGAGGGAGCCCUGAAUAUGAUGAUGAAAUCAUUGAAGCUCAGGUCCCAGCUGACAACAAAACUUCAGAGACCAGGAAGAUAUUUAGAUGCAUGAAUUCGAGACAGUCCUUCAUGUCUGAAGGAGCAGUAUCGAAAGCUUUGCAGCAAGGCAAUACAAAGGAGAAAACUCAAGGAGAUGGUAAUGGCUCUGCAAGUAAAACCAGGAAAAAGAGGAGUCCUGACAGUGAAGGUGGAACUAUAGCAGAAAACCAAGAUAAUGUAGAUAAGAAGCCCCCACAAAAGACAGAGCCCAAAGCAACAUCACUGAAGCUUGACAACCAGGACAGUGUUGAACAUGACCACAAAAUUAUAAUAGCAAUUCCAAGGGAUGGUAUGUAUCUCCUCAAUGUUGUUGUAGAAAAACCAGAGAAACCUUGCAAUGUUUCUAUUCAGAUAGAUAUGAAAGGUCCACAUGGUUAUCUUUCUGCUGCUGAUUGGCCACUUCUUGCAUUUUAUGGAGCCAUGUGUGUGGUGUAUGUUCUUUACGGAAUUGCGUGGCUUAUUGUUUCUUUCUGUCAGUGGCGAGAUCUUCUAAGAAUUCAGUUUUGGAUUGGUGGAGUAAUACUUCUGGGUAUGCUUGAAAAGGCCACAUUCUAUGCAGAAUAUCAAAGCAUAAAUUCAACGGGGCAGUCUGUAAAGGGUGCUGUUUUGAUGGCUGAGCUGGUUUCUUGUGCAAAACGAAUGUUGGCACGCAUGUUGGUCAUCAUUGUCAGUUUAGGUUUUGGCAUUGUCAAGCCACGGCUUGGCCCAAUGCUGCACCGUGUUGUGGGGACUGGACUUCUAUAUUUUGUAUUAGCAUCAAUAGAAAGCUACCUCCGUGUUAUGCACCAGAAGAAUGACCGCAGCAAUCAAGUUCUUAUAUCUGGCAUUCCACUUGCUGUUCUCGACUCUAUCAUUUGUUGGUGGAUAUUUACUAGUCUUGUUCAAACAACUAGAACUUUGAGACUUCGUAGGAAUUUGGUGAAGCUUUCGUUAUACCACCAUUUCACCAACACACUUAUAUUUGCUGUGGGUGCUUCUGUAAUAUUCAUGCUGUAUUCAAUAAAAUACCACAGAUUCACAAACUGCUUAACGGACUGGAAAGAACUAUGGGUUGAUGAUGCUUACUGGCAUCUUUUAUUUUCUAUUAUCCUGUUAGUCAUAAUGGUGUUGUGGAGACCAACAAACAACAACCAAAGGUAUGCUUUCACACCACUCUUAGAUGCACCAGAAGAUGACGAUGAGGAGGAUGAACAAUUUGUCAAUGAUGCUUUUGGGGUGAAAAUGCGAGGCAACAGGAGUAAUUCUCCUAAGCCAAAGUCUUCUAAUUCUGUUGAAGAUGACCUGAAAUGGGUUGAAGAAAACAUCCCAUCAUCUGUGCCUGACACUGCAUUACCUAUCUUGGAUUCAGAUGAGGAAAUCAUGACAACAAAGUUCGAGGUUUCGAAAAUGCAGUGAAAACAGCAGUAUACAUACUUGGAAGUAUAAUGUGUAAGAGCUUCCUGUGCAGUUGUCGAGUUAUGUGAUUGGGAAGAGAAGACAGUGGAUGUUCAGACCUCAGUGUGCAAGUUAUCUCUGGUCAUGCGAGUCACUGCCCGAGACUGUGUACAGAAGAUGCCAGUGGCUGUGUUGAGAGAGUACUACUUUCAUCACAUUGUUAAAGUAGCACAAAUAAUAGUUCAUUAACAUAAAAUUUGUCUUCAAAUAAAUAUUUUUACACAACUAUAUUAGUUUAAAAGCAGAGUUAUGUACAAAUCACAUUUCUGCAAAGUUAAUUAUUUAUUAAUACAGAUUAGUGCUGUCCAGGUUCCACUCCUUUUUAACAGAAUAGUAGUAUUGCUUCCAGGAUGUAGCAUACUGUUAAUGUUGUGCUUUUUUGAAGUCAUUUGCUGGUGUUUAUUACUGGAACAUGAGCUGGGACAGCUGGAUACCAGUUUUUAUGUGGAUGUUAAAAUCGGAUACCAGUGCCUUUUAAGUAAAAUAUGCAAACAGUUUAUUAUCAGUGUUUGUUUGUGAUUAAGCUCCAAGUUCCUUUGUAAUGAAGAGAAAAAAAUCAGAAUUCAGACUGAAUUAGUUUUGCUAGGUAGGAUUUUUUACUUAGGUGGCUGUGGAUCUGAUCUCUUGAUCAUUUGUGAAUAAAUUAAUCCUUUAAAGAGUUUGUGUAAAUAUAAACAGUUGGUAGCUUGAAAUUUUAUAUCUACAUGACAGUUAAGAGAAAUGUCAAAAAUGGAGCCACCUCUUUUUUUCUGAUCUGUGAUCACAGAUGUUUCACGGUUGCAUUAAUAUGGAGAACUAUGUUCCUGUGACAUAAAGUUGACUUAUUCUCAGGCUGGUUCUUUUGUUGCAUAUUAGCUACAUCAAACAUUUUUGUUUAAGAAACAUUAUACUAAUAUGUAACAUGCAAUGUAUUGUAAUAGAAAAUAUGUAUUCCUUUAUUGCUAUCUGACUUAAGCCUAAAAAUCUUGUUAGUAUUAUUAACUUAAAUUGUGAUCCACAGUGGUUGUUUUCCACAGGAAGAAACUGAGGAAAGUUUAUUUUAGUUCGUUUGUAGCCACCGGCAUUUUCUACAUCCCUAUUUUUGUGACAUUGCUUUUUAAAACUGAUUAUUUUACUUGGCACUGUGCACCUUAUUUUUGACAUUAUUUGUGAUAUUUGUUAACUGUACAACAUACUAUGUACCAUAAAAUAAUUUUAUAAGCUACAUGAAGGGAGGUUUAUUUAACACAGAUCUUCUAGUCACCUUCGGUUUAAGCUGUCUGCUGAGUGGAAAAAAAAUUCUGUUUCACUCUCCAUAGUAUUAUAUGUCUGUGGCAAUAAAAUUAAUGAAAGUUGUAUACCAUGAAGUGUGUGAAUAACAAAAAACAUAUGAAUUAUGUGCCUCACCUUUAAAACGAUUCUUAAAAUAAAAUCUGUUUAUAAAAUAA